AUGAGUGACCAAGAGAGAGCCCUGGACAUCAGCAAGCGAGAGGCUGGAACUGUGCGAGAUCCGGAGGGCUGGGACAUCAGCACGGGAAGAGAAACCAACUCGCCCAGCACCUGCUCCCGGCUGGGAAGGACGUGCGCCACGCGUGGGCAUGCGCCACUACGUCGGCAAAGACGUAUUUUUCAAACAGUAACGCAGCCAGCGUUUGCCAGCCCCGCUGGGGGCCAGCCUCAGUCGUUGAGACUCAAACACGACCAGAGCGCAUCCGCCACUGUGCGCCUGCGCGACCCGGGCCUCAGAGAGCCGAGAGCCCGGCCCCUCUCAGGCCCCGCCCACUUCCGCCGGCGGCGUCCCCGCCCACCUCGCGUUUCCGGAUCCUCCGCUUGGCCUGGCUCCACCAACCUCGCUUUCGCCCCGCGCUGUCCCUUUCCUCCGCCACCGUGUGGCUUCCGCGGCGAGUGUUGUUUGCGACGCUGUCGUGCCACAGCGCGCUUUACGGCCGCGAGAACGGGGCGCUCGGGCGCCAGGGCCGCUCGGGCCGGGAAGCAGGGCGGGCGGGCGAAGGGUUUUUACCUCCCAUAACUCCACCGGAAAAGUUUUUUCUUUCCCAGCUGAUGCUGGCACCCCCAAGGGAGCUGUUCAAAAAGACGCCUCGCCAGAUCGCGCUGAUGGACGUGGGGACCAUGGGCCAGUCCGUGGACAUCAGCGGGCUCCAGUUAGCCUUGGCUGAACGCCAGUCGGAAUUGCCAACACAGAGUAAAGCCAGCUUCCCUAGUAUUCUCAGCGACCCAGACCCGGAUUCUUCUAACUCUGGAUUUGACAGCUCGGUGGCCUCUCGGAUCACAGAAUCUUUGGUCAGUGGGCCCAAACCACCUAUUGAAAGCCAUUUUCGGCCAGAGUUUAUCCGUCCACCGCCUCCGCUGCAUAUUUGUGAAGAUGAACUGGCUUGGCUCAAUCCCACGGAACCCGACCAUGCGAUUCAGUGGGACAAAUCUAUGUGUGUUAAGAAUAGCACUGGGGUGGAGAUCAAGCGAAUCAUGGCCAAAGCCUUCAAAAGCCCCUUAUCUUCUCCCCAGCAAACACAGCUCCUUGGUGAGUUGGAGAAAGACCCCAAACUUGUUUAUCAUAUUGGCCUCACUCCAGCCAAACUUCCAGACCUAGUGGAAAACAACCCUCUAGUUGCUAUAGAGAUGUUGCUGAAAUUAAUGCAGUCCAGCCAGAUCACCGAGUAUUUCUCCGUGCUGGUCAACAUGGACAUGUCGCUACACUCAAUGGAAGUUGUAAAUCGACUAACUACAGCUGUUGAUCUACCUCCUGAAUUUAUUCACCUUUACAUAUCAAAUUGCAUCUCUACUUGUGAACAAAUUAAGGAUAAGUAUAUGCAGAAUCGUUUGGUGCGUCUUGUGUGUGUCUUUCUCCAGUCCUUGAUCCGUAACAAAAUUAUUAAUGUACAGGACUUGUUUAUUGAAGUGCAGGCCUUCUGUAUUGAAUUCAGUAGGAUACGAGAAGCUGCAGGCCUGUUCAGGUUGUUGAAGACACUGGAUACUGGGGAAACGCCUUCAGAGACCAAAAUGUCCAAAUAAUACCUCACUAGAACCACCCUAUUCAUCGUUCAACUGUAUUGUGAUUAGUUUUUAAAACUCGAAUUUUUUAAAAUUUAAGAGUGGAUUGCUUGCUCUAAUGCAUAUAAAUACACUUUAUCUACUUAAUGCAAAAUUUUACUUUUCCUGGAUGGUUUUUUCCUAUGGAUGAACUUUUGGUAAGGACCUGGGAAAAUGUCUUAGGUGUUCUGCAGAUGACUAUUCAUAGGUGGACCCAUGAUCCCCAAAAAGUUACUGAAAGAAAAAUAAUUUCAUUUUUUUUUUUAAAUAACACUAAGGAAUAAGUUGCCUGUUUUUGGUUGGCAUGAUAUAGGCUUCUGAUAAGUCAGAAAUCCAGUUUUCCUGUGGUUCCAGUGUUAAGACAUUUUAAGAUUUGUGAUGUUUUGCUUGUGGCAGUGACAGCAGCUCAGUGUAGCUCCUGUCUCACAAAGGAGCCUUAUCCACGGCUGUGCUUGUAACUAUCCUGCUUUUUGUGGGGACUUUUAGAAACAGACCACAGAACAAAAGUCUCGCAGGCCUCUUCUAAACAUGGGAACCGUUAGGAUCCUUUUUAAGCACUAUUUUGUUUUAUCACCCCACUUAAGAUGGUCCCGUUAUCACCCUGAGAUUACCAGUUUUUGGUCUUAUUUUUAAGGAAAAACAUGAGUAAUGCUUGGGGAGAUGGUGUUUGGAGAUGGGAGCAGGGGUGGUGCCUGGCUGUCAACCCUGUGACUCUGGGUAACAGUGCCUUCCAUUAAAGUUCUUUUUUAUCACCUGU